UCAGUCAAUGUAAGCGUCCAACCUUGCGCGGCUGAAUGUUUACGGAAGGGAGUCUGAUGAAUGACCACCACAAUAUCGGUGUGAAAUCUUGAAAAACAGCCACGCAGGCCUCUCGUUGACUUGUCUCAUUUAGAAUAGUAAACUCCUGUAUUAUUUCGAAGGAUACAGCUAGCUAGGCUACAAAGGCCGUAGCUAGCUAGACAGCAAAACUUGACUCAACGUCAUAUCUCAGUACGAGGAAGGGGUUCUCAAGUACAGGUAGUCCUCACCAGACCUCUCUCCAGCACCAUGUGGGACGAGGAGAUCAGACAUAUGGCGUCCAGCCACGCCAUCAUGGCAUCGGGGGUAUUUAUGGCGACAGUGGUGCCGGCGGUGCUAGUGCCGGGUUUCUCUGUAUAUGGGACACACCUGCUGUGGCAGUACUCUGUUGCCGGGGUUAUCGCUGUGGUCAACAUCUCCCUGUUCUGGCUGCUGGGGGCCAGCACCCCUACCAAGAAACACACUAUCACCUACAAGUUGUCUAGGUUGGUGCGUUCCUGUCUCUACUUGCUCCUCUCCUGUCUGUUCUUCCACACUGUAGUGGUCCUGUAUGGAGCACCGUUACUGGAGUCUGCGUUGGAGACGUUCUCUCUGGCGGUGUUGUUGACCAGUCUAACCACUCUGAGGUGUGUGUGUAUCCUCGGGCCCAACGUCCAAGCCUGGAUAAGAGUCUUCAGCCGACAUGGGGCCAUGUCGGUGUGGGACACUUCUCUACAGAUAGUGGUCGGCUGCAGUGUUGUGGGAGCCUGGCUGGGAGCCUUCCCUAUCCCUUUGGACUGGGACCGACCCUGGCAGGUGUGGCCUGUGUCCUGCAGUCUGGGUGGAGUGAUUGGUUACCUGACUGGGCUAGUCGUCGCCCCCGCCUGGAUACACUGGCACCGGAAACACCUCACCUACAAGAGCAAGUGAUGGACAGGGAGGGAGGGAGUGUGGGUGGGUGUGAGAGAGUAUGUAUGUAUGUAUGUAUGUAUGUAUGUUGUAUUUUUUAUUUAUUUUAACUAGGCAAAAACAGUAUAAAUAAUAAUAAAUAUAAACACAACACUACAUAAAGAGAGACCUAAGACAACAACAUAGCAAGGCAGCAACACAUGACAACACAACAUGGUAGCAACAUAACAACAACAUGGUAGCAACACAACAUGGUAGCAGCACAAAACAUGGUACAAACAUUAUUGGGCACAGUCAACAGCACAAAGGUCAAGAAGGUAGAGACAACAAUACAUCACACAAAGCAGCCACAACUGUCAGUAAGAGUGUCCAUGACUGAGUCUUUGAAUGAAGAGAUUGAGAUAACUGUCCAGUUUGAGUGUUUGUUGCAGCUCGUUCCAGUCGCUCGCUGCAGCGAACUGAAAAGAGGAGCGACCCAGGGAUGUGUGUGCUUUGGGGACUUUUAAUAGAAUGUGAUUGGCAGAACUGGUAUUGUAUGUGGAUGAUGUGGGCUGCAGCAGUUAUCUCAGAUAGGGGGGAGUGAGGCCUAAGAGGGUUUUAUAAAUUAACAUCAAACAGUGGGUCUUGCGAUUGGUAUACAGAGAUGACCAGUUUACAGAGGAGUAUCGAGUGCAGUGAUGUGUCCUAUAAGGAGCAUUGGUGGCAAAUCUGAUGGCCGAAUGAUAAAGAACAUCUAGCCGCUCGAGAUCACCCUUACCUGUUGAUCUAUAAAGUAUGUUUCCGUAAUCUAGCAUGGGUAGGAUGGUCAUCUGAAUCAGGGUUAGUUUGGCAGCUGGGGUGAAAGAGGAGCGAUUACGAUAGAGGAAACCAAGUCUAUAUUUAACUUUAGCCUGCAGCUUUGAUAUGUACUGAGAGAUGGACAGUGCACUGUCUAUCCAUACUCCCAAGUACUAUGUAUGUGUAGUGUAUGUAUGUGUAUUGUAUGUAUGUGCAUUAUAUAUUGGGGUGAAAGAGUGAUAUUGUAUGUGUGUGUAUUGUAUAUGUGUAUUGUGUAUGGAAGUGUGUAUUGUAUAUAUGUGCAUGCUUGUUAUGUUACUCCUCCAGGCUGCUGUCAAAUUAUCCUAGUAGUAAUCCUGCUGUAUUCCUUUGGUAUUGAAUAUUUAUUGGGCUGUUGGUGGACAGGCCCUCUCCUGUAAAAUAUGAUGUUGCCAUGUAAAAAUAUUCCAGAUUUCCUCUUUUUUUGACAAAUAAAGUCUUAGUUUCUUUUUA